GUUAGCAGAUGGCGCUGUGAUAGAUUUAUCAGCUCUGCUGGGCCUGAAAGAUGGAUUAAGUCCUCUCAGACAAACUCAGAGCGGGUCAAACUUGCUGUGACUGUAAAUAAACCAGUGACUGUAAAAUCAGUCUGACGUACGCCAGGUGUGACGCACUUCUUAACGCUAACCGGUUAGCUGCGCAGCUACAGUAGAUGUUUUCCAUCACGGGUUGUCUUCUUCAACCCACCAGAGUCCUCCGCUGCGUCAGACUGCUGCGCUGCUCUCCAGUCACCAAGAUGCCGAUUCAGGUUGGUGAAGCUCUUCCUGCAGUGGAGGUUCAGGAGGGUGAACCAGGAAAUAAAGUGGCGAUGGAUCAGCUAUUUAAGGGGAAAAAAGGAGUCCUCUUUGCCGUACCGGGAGCUUUUACCCCCGGGUGCUCUAAGACUCACCUUCCAGGCUUUGUGCAGCAAGCUGAGGAGUUGAAAAGUAAAGGUAUACAGGAGGUGGCAUGCAUCUCUGUCAAUGAUGCAUUUGUCAUGGCUGCAUGGGGAAAGGAGCAUGGCGCAGAUGGAAAGGUUCGAAUGCUGGCUGAUCCCACUGGUGCAUUUGCAAGGGCAGUCGACCUGCUACUUGACACUGAUCAGAUUGUGCAAGUACUGGGCAACCAACGCUCCAAGAGAUAUGCAAUGUUGGUGGAAGACGGCGUCGUGAAGAAGAUCAAUGUGGAGCCUGAUGGCACCGGGCUGACCUGCAGUCUCUCCUCCAACAUUCUAGCUCAGCUGUAGGCUGCUGCUGAGCUUAUUAAACCCAGUUCUUCUCCUGGUGGUACUAAUAAAGCUUGCCUCCUACCCAUUCGACCUGGGCCCUCUUCCCAAAGACGGACGCAAAUCCUGGACCCUAGGGACAGGAGGAAGGUGAUUAAUGCGCACAAUUAUGGCAUGAAGAGGAAUUCCUGGGGCAGUCCAUUUAACUUUGUAUACUGUUACUUAAUACUGAAUAAACUUCAUUCUUUUCCUCAUUUUA